AUGCUAGACAUUGGACCAGGGCUUCCAGGUGACAGGACAAUCAACCAAGUACCUGUUCCCUGGGAAGAUGAUAGCACUCUGCCGGAUUUCGUUGCAAACCAGUUUGAUGGCACAAAAGAGCUGGUUGUGCCAGUAAGGCUGGAGCGCAUUUUCAUUGCACCAAAUUUAGAACUCAUCGGAGGCAUCCAAAUCGUGUGGACGGACAACUUGGCAGAUCACCUGAGGAUGUCAGAAGAUGAUACAAAGGUGGCUAUAUAUAGUCAUUAUCAGUUUCUAAAGAUGAACCGCGACAACCCUCUCUUCCCUCCCGAGUUCGUGGAUGAAACUCUUCGGACGCUAGCUCUGCUCCUACCCCGGCGAGAUAGAAGGGUCUCCAAAUGGUUCCGGAAACAGCAAGGAUUGGAGGAACUUCGGAAUCGUGUUGAUAGCGAAGCAGCAAGUGAACGUCGAUUGAAGGCUGCAGAGAGACAGAUCAGCAAAUUCGUUUUCUGGCACGAUCGUCUUGUCAUACUGAAGCAAGCGUUUGAUGAGUCUCAACCGAAGAACUUGAGACAGUGGUGGAAUGACAAAAGGAAUCCAGUACAGUGGUACAACUUUUGGUUUGCUGUGGCUUUGAUUGUUGGGUUGACUGUUUUCUUUGGGAUUGCGUCCACUGUUGAGGGAGCAAUACAGGUGUAUAAAGCUUAUCAUCCUUCGCCUUCACCUUGA